AUGAGUGCUGAAACCGUAAACGCGUUGGUGUUCGACUAUUUGAACUCGUUGGAUCAGAACCUUGCAAACAUGUUCCAGACCAAGACUAAAGCACCAAAACUGCAGAGGGGACAAACUAAAUUGACCCAGCUAAUAGAUGAUCAUUUGAAGACUUCUAAAAAGACAAUUAAAUUGCAAAAAAAAGGACCUUCUGUAGAUCAAAUAAUUAAAAUAAGUAAUGGUAAAGCAGCCGCAGUCGCCGAUGAAGAAUCUGAAGAAGAAAGUUCUGAGGAGGAAGUUGUUGCACCCAAACCAAAAAUUAAUGACAAAAAAGGCAAGAUAGUAGAAAAAAAAGAAGAAAGUUCUGAAGAAGAAAGCUCAGAUGAUGAUGAUGAUGAACCACCAGUUAAGAAAGCAUGUAUUGCUCCUGUUAAGAAGCCCGCUACUAAGAAAGAAUCUAGUUCAGAAGAAGAGAGCUCAGAAGAAGAAACUCCUGCUCCUAAAAAGCCAGUUACUAAACCAGUUGUAAUGCCAGCUGCAACUAAGAAAACUGCUGCAGAAGAAUCAUCAGAAGAUAGCUCUGAAGAAGAAAGUUCUGAAGAAGAAAAGCCUGCAGUCAAAAAAGCCCCUCAGGUACCUGUUAAAAAGGCUAAAGAAGAAAGUUCCGAAGAGGAAAGUUCUGAAGAGGAAGCUGUUGUUAAGGUUCCAGCCAAAGUUGCUGCUAAAAAUGGAAAGAAAGAGUCUAGUUCGGAAGAAGAAAGUUCUGACGAAGAAGAUACACCUGUAGUUAAGAAAGUAGCCGCAGCGCCAGCUGUGAAAAAAACCCAAGAAUCUAGUUCUGAAGAAGAAAGUUCUGAUGAGGAAACUGUUGUUAAAACUCCAGCGAAAGCUCCUGUUUCUGCAAAAAAAGCUAAAAAAGAAUCUAGUUCUGAAGAGGAAAGUUCAGAAGACGAAACCCCAGCUACCACCAAACCAUUAAAAAAAACUGUUACUAAACCAGUCGUUGCUAAAGAAGAAAGCGAAGAAGAAGAAUCUGAUGAUGAUGAAGAUGAAGAAGAAGCAGUUAGCAAGACUCCAAAUAGUCAGAUCAAAAAUCAGCCGUUUGUUAAAGCAGCGAAUGGAGAUAAUAAAUUAUUAAUGGGAAACAUGGAACAAUUUGAUACUAGUAACAACUCUUUUGAUACUGGUAACAACUCUUUUGGCUCUGAUAAAAAGAAAAACCAGCAAAAUAGACGAUCAGAUCCUUAUAGACGUGUCCGUGAUGAUAAUGUCAGUGUUGAUGGACGUCUUUUGGAUAAUUCACUAAAAGCAAAGGAUGAAAAUGGUUCCGGCAACAAAUGGGGUGAAGACCGACAGGGCGGUUUCAGAGGUGGUAGAGGCAAUAGAGGAGGAUUUGGAUUCCGAGGUGGUCGUGGAGGCCGUGGGGGUUUCAAUCGUGAUGAUGAUCAAAAUGGAGGAGGAAGAGGUGGUUUUGGUCGUGGUGGGGGUGGUGGUCGUGGAGGUGGGUUCAAACGUAAAUUUGAUGACUCUGGUGAAGGGGAAGGUGAAGGCGGUGGCUUCAGAAAGAGUUUUGGAAGUGGAGAUGAUAAUGGUGGAGAACGACGUAGUUUUGGAGACAAAAGAGGAUUUGGUGGUAAUAGGUUCGGUGGUGAACGAGGAGGAUUUGGAGGUCGUGGUGGUGGAAGAGGAUUUGGUGGCCGUGGUGGUGGUGAUAGAGGUGGAAGAGGCUUUGGUGGACGUGGUGGUGGAGACCGUGGCAGGGGUGGUCGUGGUGGUGGCGGAGGAGACAGAUAUUUCAAUAAAAGUUUUGACUCUAAUAGUUCAACACCUCAAAACAAAAAAAUUAAAUUUGAUGAUUGA